AUGGAUAUAAAUAAAGUUGGUUUUAAAAGAACCAACAUUGAUACGAUUGUUGGGUAUAAUGAUUUCAACGGUAGCGGUGGUGGUGGUAGCGGUAGUAGUGGUAGUGGUCUAGUAGGAGGAGGAGGAAGAAUGUAUAUUCCCUAUGAAGAUAAUGAUACUAGUAAUAGUUGUAUUAAAAGAAUUAAAUUAUUGGAUUCUACAAUUUCUAGUAGAAGAGUACCUUUGCAAUCAAUAUAUAACAACAAUAGUAGUAGUAGUAGUAAUAGUAGUUAUAACUUUAAUUUUAACUAUAGAUGGUUAGAUUAUGAUUUAUUUGAUCAAUUAUCACCAGAAGUGAUAGUACAAAUAUUUGGUUAUUUGGAUCCCUUUUCGACACCUCUAAUGUAUAUAUGCAAGAGAUGGUACAAUAUCUUGCAACUAAACAAUCGAUCAUUGUGGCGGGAUUUGGUUAUCACCAUCAAUGAUUCACGUCCCUACGAACUCAAACCACUCUCAAACAGAGUAUUAUCCUAUUUUAAUAAUGGUUACGGUACAAGUUUACAUUCAUUUAUCUUGUCUACUUCAUUAACAAAUCAUGAAUCUUCUCUUGUUCAACCGUCACAACAACAACAACAACCACAAUCUCAAACUCAAUCAUCUACUUUAUCAUCAAUCAAUUUUAAUAAUAAUUAUAACUUUAGAAAUAAUAAUAAUAAUUUUUUCAGCAAUUUAACUUCUUACAAGAACAACAACAAUACUACUACUAAUAAUAAUCAAAAUAAUCAAAAUAAUGAUAUUGAAAGUCAAAGACAAUUUUUAAUCAAUGUAACCAAAAGUAUUGGUCAUAAUCUUUCAUUGUGUCCAAACUUGCGCAAGAUUGAAAUGACUCUACCCAUUGAUAAUGACCAAUUCCACGCACUAUCAACCAAUUGUAAAAAUGUAAAUGAUCUUAGUCUCAACUGUUUUCUAAUCAAUGACCUUGGAAUGGAAAGAGCCCUACAAAAUUUUAACUCUCUUGAACAAUUAUCUUUAAAUAGUACUGGUAAUUUUAAUUAUGAAUUUGUAAAACAAACUAAAAUUAAUCAAACUAUAACCCCGACAUCUUUGUACAGUAUAUCAACACUAUUAAAAUUAAAAUCUUUAAGAUUUACACUUCCACCACAAUUGGGAAAUUUCAACAAAUCUCUUGUUGAAAGUGGAAUUGUACUAGAUCAACAACAACAGUUGGCAAUUGAAGAUUUUGAACAAAAUGAUUUAGAUAAAGCUAUGCUUUGUCUUUUAAAAUGUAAAUAUUUAGAAACAUUAGAAUUGGUUAGUUGUAAUAUUACAAAGAAUGCACUUGAAAGUUUAAUGGAACAAUUAAAAUGUUUAAAAAGAUUGGUUAUUUAUCGUAAUAAUUCAUUGGUAUCAUUGACUGUCAAAUCAAAUACACUUUGUCAUCUAAGUUUAUCUUGUAUUUCAGUCAUUCAAAAUAUUUUUAUUGAUUCAAAUUCAAUAGAAGAAUUAUAUGUUGAAGGAUGUGAAACAAUACAAAAGACAAUUAUAAAUUCACCAAGUUUAAAAUUAUUAUCACUUGAUGGAUUAAGUGGAAGAUUAUACAUAAAGGAAUGUUAUGGUUUGACAAGUUUAACAUUAUCAGAGUGUAGUGGGAUUUCACAAAGAGGAUUAGAGAGAUUGUUGGAUUCACUUGUCAAUCUACAAGAUCUUUGUAUCUUUUUGCAACAAAUCCUACAUCUUCGUAUUAGUUCUUCUAGUUUGAAACAUUUGGACAUUGAAGCUUGGAAUGGUAUCAAAUCUUGUAUAUUGGAUUGUCCAUCACUUCAAGAACUCAAGGCAAACGAAUCCACCUUGGAGACACUCUAUUUCAAAGGCAACGAACCAUCCAAUAUUGAAUUGGAUUUCUGUGAUAGUCUUAGAAAUAUCAUUGUCGAUGUUUUAUCUUGUAACUCUUUUUCUUUUACUCAAGAUCAUCCUUCAAAUCUUUCAACUUCAAAUUAUUUAUUACAUCAGCAAUCAAAAGAAUUGGAAAUUGAAGAAAUAGAUGAUGAUGAUGAUGAAGAGGAAGGGGAUAGUGAUAUGGAUGAUGAUGAUGAUUCAAAUAUGCAAGUAGAGGAAAGACAACAAGAACAAGAAGAGGAACAAGAUGAUGAUAGAUUCAUGUCACCAACAUCAUUAUUUAUUCAAGUUCAUAGAUCAAUUGAAAAUUGUACCAUUCUUAGUGGUAAUGUAAUUGGAAAGAUUUCAACAAAUAGUAUUGCAACUCUAUCAAUUGAACAAAAGUCUAUUCAAUCUAUUGACCUCUCUUCCAUUCACGCCAUCCAAAGAUUAAAAUCUUAUCAUCAAGCUAAAAGAAAUAAUAGUGAUGGUGGUUGUUCUGGUUCAAAAUCACCAAUAUUAUUCCAAAUGAACCAUCUAAUAAUAAUAAUCAUUUUAAUCCAUUUUCAAAUUUUCGAUAACAUAUAA